UUUUUUUUUUUUUCCGGAGCUGGGGACCAACUCUUACCUCUUUGAACCCUUCAACCAAAAUGAACUCCCCCUCUUGCUUAAGAUAUCUUUGGUCAUGAUGGCACUUUUUCAUAAAAAGUAACAAUGAUCUAACCCCUAAGUAUGUUUGUUUUAGAUCUAAAGUGCUCUACUGAAAUUUACUCUUUUUUUUUUUUUUUUUUUUUUUUUGGUUCUUUUUUUCGGAGCUGGGGACCGAACCCAGGGCCUUGUGCUUCCCAGGCAAGGGCUCUACCACUGAGCUAAAUCCCCAACCUCGAAAUUUACUCUUUUUAUUUGCAUAUACUGUAGCUGUCUUCAGACACACCAGGGAAGAGGGCAUCGAAUCCUAUUAAAGAUGGUUGUGAGCCACCUUGUGGUGGCUGGGAAUUGAACUCAGGUCCUCUGGAAAAGCAGUCUGCUCUGAACCACUGGGCCAUCUCUCCAGCGGAAAUUAACUCUUGAGAAAGCAAAUGUAUGAUCAGUGAGAUGGCUCAGAUGGCACUUGCUUGCUCAGCCUGAGUUAGAUUCCUAGGACUCUCAUAAUGGAAGGAAAAAGAAUGCGAUUCUCGCACUACUGUCCUCUUUCUUGGCCAGCGCACCAUAGCACAUAUAUACCCACACAUCUAUCAAGGGCGCGCAUGCACACACCGCGGCGGGGGACGGGGGAAGGGGCGCGGACCGGUGUUGUUAACGUCGAGUUUGGAGACCAUAUGCUUCCACUCACUCCUGGGUUUUAACUACCAGCUAACAUCCCUUUCUCACUCUAGUUUUUGCACUUUUUACUAAGCAUCAAACCUUGCCGAGCUCUCUUCUCUGGAGGCAGAUUCUCGCCUGGGGCUUUAUUUUCCUCCUCGAACUAGCUCUUUGUGUUCCUAGAGCGCACAGUACUUCUAGCCUCCUCUGACCAGAUGUUUCCCUAACGACUUUUUCACCCUCAGCUACCUCCGGCUCUGGAAUCGGACUCUAUUGUCUCUCCAGAAGCCAUUUGGAAACGAGCUUUUAGCGACCAACCACAAAGGGUUACAGAAGCUCACAACAGGUGUGAGCCAAAGGGUGCUGGUUUGUUGUUGUUUGGAAGUUUCCUACGUUUUAGUACGAUCGUUUGCUUGGCACAGUGUAAAGGGGACUCUCUCCAAUCCUCAAAUGCGCAGUGAUUCCCACUCUUAGCCAGGAAAAAGAGCAGGCGUCUUUUAAUAACGUAAAUCUUAGAGGAAAACAAAUGACAGACCUAGUGAGAGGCUUCCUUCAAUCCUGGACAGUCUGAGUGGCGCCCUGCUUUUCCUGGCCUUAAAGCGGCGGGCUCAAAGUGCGCAAUUCUCAAGUAAAGUGGUGGGCCCAACAAAAGGUCUUUACUAGUUUAAGCGCGCCGUGCGUUGCGGCAACUCGCCGCACAGAUGUGCUCUCGCGAGAGCUUGGGAAGUAGCAGCAAUGGCGGCGACUGGAGUGGGUCCUGGCCCUGGAGUGGGCGCCGGCUCUGGUCCAGGAGCAGCUGCAAGUGCCACAACGACAGAAGACAGAGAAACGGAGCCGGCGACCGCUGGGGCUGGAGAGGGGCCGUCUGCCGCCCCGGGAGCGGAGCCCAGCUCUGGAGAGGCUGAAAGUGGGGAUGCAAACUUGGUUGAUGUAAGUGGUCUGGAGACAGAAUCUUCUAAUGGAAAAGAUACUUUGGAAGGCGCUGGGGAUACUUCAGAAGUGAUGGAUACCCAGGCGGGCUCUGUGGAUGAGGAGAAUGGGCGGCAGUUGGGAGAGGUCGAGUUGCAAUGCGGAAUAUGUACAAAAUGGUUCACAGCAGACACCUUUGGAAUAGACACGUCGUCAUGUCUACCUUUUAUGACCAACUACAGCUUCCAUUGCAACGUGUGCCAUCACAGCGGGAACACUUACUUUCUCCGGAAGCAAGCAAAUUUAAAAGAAAUGUGCCUUAGUGCUCUGGCGAACCUGACGUGGCAGUCUCGGACACAGGAUGAACAUCCGAAAACCAUGUUUUCCAAGGAUAAGGAUAUUAUACCAUUUAUUGAUAAAUACUGGGAGUGUAUGACAACCAGACAGAGACCUGGAAAAAUGACUUGGCCCAAUAACAUUGUCAAAACAAUGAGUAAGGAAAGAGAUGUGUUCUUGGUAAAGGAACACCCUGAUCCAGGGAGCAAAGACCCAGAAGAAGAUUACCCCAAAUUUGGACUUUUGGAUCAGGAUCUUAGUAAUAUUGGUCCUGCUUAUGACAACCAGAAACAAAGCAGUGCUGUGUCUGCUAGUGGGAACCUAAAUGGUGGAGCCACUUUGGGAGGGGGGAUCGCAGCAGGAAGCAGUGGGAAAGGAAGAGGAGCCAAGCGUAAGCAGCAAGAUGGAGGGACAACAGGGACCACCAAGAAGGCCAGAAGUGACCCUUUAUUUUCUGCUCAGCGUCUCCCUCCUCAUGGCUACCCUUUGGAACAUCCAUUUAACAAAGAUGGCUAUCGGUAUAUUCUAGCUGAGCCCGAUCCUCAUGCCCCUGACCCAGAGAAGCUUGAACUUGACUGCUGGGCAGGCAAACCUAUUCCUGGAGACCUCUACAGAGCCUGCUUAUAUGAACGAGUCUUGCUAGCCCUACAUGAUCGUGCUCCCCAGUUAAAGAUCUCUGAUGACCGGCUGACCGUGGUUGGAGAGAAGGGCUACUCCAUGGUGCGGGCUUCUCAUGGGGUGCGGAAGGGGGCCUGGUACUUUGAAAUCACUGUGGACGAGAUGCCGCCAGACACUGCUGCCAGGCUGGGCUGGUCUCAGCCCUUAGGUAACCUUCAGGCUCCCUUAGGCUAUGAUAAAUUUAGCUAUUCUUGGCGGAGCAAAAAGGGAACCAAGUUUCACCAGUCUAUUGGCAAACACUACUCGUCUGGCUAUGGACAAGGAGAUGUCCUAGGGUUUUAUAUCAAUCUUCCUGAAGAUACAGAGACAGCCAAGUCACUGCCGGACACGUACAAAGAUAAGGCUUUGAUAAAGUUCAAGAGUUAUUUGUAUUUUGAAGAAAAAGACUUUGUGGACAAAGCAGAGAAGAGCCUAAAACAGACUCCACAUUCUGAGAUAAUAUUUUAUAAAAAUGGUGUCAAUCAGGGUGUGGCUUACAAGGAUAUUUUUGAAGGUGUUUACUUCCCAGCCAUCUCACUGUACAAGAGCUGCACGGUUUCCAUUAACUUUGGACCAUCCUUCAAAUACCCUCCAAAGGACGUCACUUACCACCCUAUGAGUGACAUGGGCUGGGGUGCUGUGGUAGAACACACUCUGGCUGAUGUUUUGUAUCAUGUGGAGACAGAAGUGGACGGAAGGCGCAGUCCGCCUUGGGAACCCUAGCAGAUCCAUGCUUCUUAUGACAUUGUGAAAUGAUCCUGGCCUUUUGCUUUUGUUAUAUAAAGUGUCAAAUGUUUUCCCAAAGAUGGUGCAGUACACUUUCAUCAAGGUAAAAGGUGGAUGGGACUGCAGCAAGCAUUCCCUCCCCUCCCCACUCCUGCUCUCACUCUGAGUGCCGUAAAUCAGCCGCCGACUCUGAAGAGCCCAUAAGCUCCAUGUAAAACUGGUGCUGUGCCUCUGGCCUGCCAUGGAGGACUUGUUACUUUCCUGUGUAUCUAAAUAGUGAGUAAUCAUGCCCAGCUUAUUUAAAGAUGUUUCAUCGCCCUGGUUUCUGGGGAGGCAAGCUUAUUUCUGAGUGGCAGUACAUUCCAGAGCAGUCUAGAAGCAGUCUUUGUGGUGUGGAGUUUGGUUAUCUGUGAACCUAGUGGGGCUGUACAAGCUAGGGUUAUGGAAGGAAUCUCCCUGGGGUUAAAAGCUAGAUCUUUCCUCCAGUAAAACUCGUGUUCAAGUCUGUGUGGUGCUUGGCUUCACCUGAAGUUGAGUUCCUGUUGUGAGGGCAGAGUGAGCAGUGUGAGGUGGGAGCAGCACUGGCAGGACAGGACAGGACAGGACAGGACAGACUUCUGACGUGAGUGCCAACCCCACUUUCACUGCUGUCCUCGCGGGGCACCCAGGCGCUUUCACUGUGUGCACAGUGCACUCUGGGAGAGCAAGCAUGGGGAAGGCCUCUAGCUCCUCUCUGAACCUGGUGUUGAAGUGGGCAGCUUGUCCUCUGCCUGCCUUUCUACUAGACAGCCAAUGAUUAAGAUGAAAAACUGACCAUGUGCCUGCCUUUAGGAGGACUCCUGGAUGCCCUUGCUUUUAAAUAAAUCAGUUUGUUGUGGCAAAUGCCUAAA